UGAUGAGGAAUUAAUUUUUGUAUUUGUUUAGGUGGCGUCAUUAGGCUGAAGUGUGAUGACGUUAGGGUGACCUUAACUCACACAGCAUCAGAUGUGGAUGGUGCAAUUUGGUUUUUUGAUUUUUAAUUCAACUAAAUUUGAUCUUUGCUAUUCUGCAAUGAAAUAUUGUAAUAAAAAAAAAGAUCCAAAUCAGAUUAAUAGCUUAAAGAUGAGAAGAAGAAAAAAACAACAGUAUAAGCAAUGCUAAAAGCCUAAAAAGCUCCACCCUGUUACUAUGUCACCAACAAGUGGCCGCAGCUUUUUGCUUCUCUUAUCACUGAGUCAACAAAGAAUCUAUAGAGAUAGAAGCAGCGUGUGAGAGACGUUGUACAAUGGACUAUCAUUGAUUUGUGCAGCACAAGCAGCAUUUUCUCUUAGAAAUAAGGACAUUGCCGGACAAAGUACAGAGCCACAUAAAUCAUUCAUCAGUGCUUCCUCUUCGACGCAAAAUCACAAUGACAUCAUCUCGUCCGCUCAUUUCUAACCUCACAAUGGACUGGAUUGAAAGCAUGGAGCGCUGGCAUCUUCAUCUGUUUUGCAUCCCCACUGCCGUCAUCUCUUUCGCCACAUUUAUAGCCAGCCCAGUUCUGCUGGUCUGCAUUUUCCUGUCCCGUGCUUUGCGUAGGGAGACCCGCUACCUGCUGGUGGCCAACACCCUGAUCGCAGACAUGCUCUUCCUCAUCCUCAACCUGGUCACAUUGAUUGGUAAUGCUGUGAGAGCAGAGAUACCCUGGUUUGUUUGUGAACUAUUCACAACUCUCCUUGUCACGGCCUACAGCUGUGCCAUCAUCACCGUGACACUCAUGGUGGUCGACACCUUUGCCGCCGUCCGCUGGCCUCUCCAGUACCAUAACCUUCUCUCGCCUGCCCAGACCAACUGCAUACUAGGGGUGGUUUGGUUGCUGUGCGCCAUUUAUCCGUUCACCUUAAUGAUGAUGAUGAAGGCAGAGCUUUCUAACGACAAUGUAACCGUGUGUUUGGCUCUCAUCUCCCUUGGUUUCUUUAAGGUCAAGAACAUAGGGGGGAUCGACAUGUACUUUCUUGUAGCAGCACUGACCUGCACUUUUUUAAUUUUUUACUGCUACAUCCGGCUUUAUAUGGUAACAAGGAUGCAGGGAAUUUGGCACAGCCGCUUCUCUAGGGCUCGGGUCACAGUGCUGGUCCAUGGGGUUCUGCUGCUGCUCUACUUUGCCCCUGGCUUUGUUUUUGCCCUAGAGAUCUACAUCUUUCAGAAGAAAAAUGUAAGUCAGGAUCUUCGCGUGUGGAUCAGCACGGUCAAUGCUAAUUUUCUCAUGCUGCUUCCCAGAGCAUUUGCUCCUUACCUGUAUGGGCUGAGGUACCGAGAGAUUUCUGAAAGUCUCACACUUCUGCUACACCGUCACAGAAGAAACAGAGAAAACACAUUAUCAUAAAGACUCUUAGGAUCUGCCCACAAUUAAGACCUAUUACCACUAGGUUUGUAUUGGGGGCUAUCUAUUUUGUUUGAUAUAUUCAUUGACUGUACAUACAUAAUGCCAUCAGGGCUAGAUUUUUGUAAUUGGUUGCAUAAAGGUCUGUAUUUUACUAAAAAAAAUAAGUCUAACUUUUGUUUGUAAAUAUCAAAAGACACUUUUUGCAACAUUAAAGGUGCAGUAUGUAACUUUUAUAUAUAAAGUGUUUUUCACAUAUCUUUUCAACCUCACUGUGUCCUGCCAGGAUAACAUGAGACAGAUAAUCUGUGAAAAAAAUAAAAAAAAUAAUAUUUUGCCUCCUCCCUGUGGUCCUACUGCCAUAUGAAGAAAUACACUGCUCCCAUUCAGAAACAACCAAUCAGAGCAAUGAGGAGAGUAGAUGGCAGAAGUAUGGUAAUAUGACGUUGACUGUACCAGGGGUCAGAGGAGCUUGAUUUUUUCACAGAGAGUCUCCCUCUUAUUAUACUGUCAGAACAUUGUAAUAAUUGUAAAAACUUUUUAUAUAUAUUUAUAUGUAAAAACUUAUUUCUCAAAUAUAGAGUCACGAGUUGCAGUGCACCUACUGCAGCUUUGAAUGCUAACAGGAUCAGAUAAACUAAAUCUGAAAAAUUUUACUUGUGUUCUGAAAAUCAGGGUUGGGAUCUUGAUUGCUGCCCUGAUUUCCUUAUCGGUAAAAGUCCUGCACUGUACACACUUUUGUUUGAAAUUGUUUUUCUUUAGGAUUAAUAUGUUUUCAGUCCGUGCUGAAAUUUUAAAUCCAAAUGGAAAUUUUGUCAAUCUCAGGAAAUGUGUGGAUGUGAAAUGAUCAAAUGUUUUCACUGUCGAAAAAGCAGCUGACUUCUUAUUUCUCAAUUUUUUAGAUUACGGUUCAUGAAUCAAUAAUAUAGUUAAACACACAAAAACCAACUAGAUAUUUUUUAAACACAUAAUGCCAUGACUAAUGUACCCUUUCUUUUUAGUUAUAAGAAAAAACAUUCAAAAUAGUUGUCAGUUUGACAUUUUCCUUAGUUACUGACUUCCAGAAACAGCAAGCAGUGAAAAGCUGUUAUCUUGCUAGUUUUUAACUGGUCAAAUUCAAUUCAAAGAUACUUUCUAAA